AUGGAAACUUCAGGGAAGAACUCACUGAGAUUUUUCGCACUUGGUGGGGGGAAUGAAGUCGGAAGAUCAUGUCAUAUCUUGCAGUUCAAGGGCAAAACAAUAAUGCUGGACGCUGGUGUCCAUCCAGCUUAUCAAGGCUAUGCCUCAUUACCCUUUUACGACGAGUUUGAUCUUUCUACAAUCGAUGUUUUGCUGAUAUCACAUUUCCAUGUGGACCACGCUGCUUCUCUUCCCUACGUGAUGCAAAAGACGAACUUCCAGGGGAGAGUUUUCAUGACGCAUCCAACGAAAGCCAUUUAUAGGUGGCUUUUGAGAGAUUUUGUGAGAGUUACCAGUAUUGGAUCUUCGUCAGGCGGUCAGGAUGACAACUUGUAUACGGAUGAAGAUCUCGCCGAUUCUUUCGACAAAAUAGAAACCAUAGACUAUCAUUCCACAGUGGACAUCAAUGGUAUAAAGUUCACUGCAUUUCAUGCAGGUCAUGUCCUUGGUGCCGCUAUGUUUCAGAUAGAGAUUGCUGGCGUUAGAGUCCUCUUCACUGGUGACUAUUCUCGUGAGUUGGAUCGACACUUGAAUUCUGCUGAAGUCCCGCCUUUGCCUUCGGACGUUCUUAUCGUCGAAUCCACUUUUGGUACAGCCACCCAUGAACCGCGUGCGAAUCGCGAACGCAAACUUACUCAGUUAAUUCACUCGACGGUCAGCCGUGGAGGCCGGGUUUUGCUGCCUGUAUUUGCAUUGGGGAGGGCGCAAGAGAUUAUGUUGAUUUUAGAUGAGUACUGGUCUCAGCAUGCGGAGGAGUUGGGCGGAGGUCAAGUGCCGAUAUAUUAUGCUUCCAAUCUCGCUAAGAGAUGUAUGAGCGUUUUUCAAACUUAUGUCAACAUGAUGAAUGAUGAUAUUCGCCGGAAGUUUCGAGACUCGCAAACUAAUCCUUUUAUCUUCAAGAAUAUUUCAUAUCUUAAGAACAUCGACGAAUUCCAGGAUUUCGGGCCCAGCGUCAUGCUGGCUUCUCCCGGUAUGCUACAAAGUGGGCUUUCAAGAGAUGUUCUUGAAAGAUGGUGUCCAGAAGCUAAAAAUCUGGUGCUCAUCACUGGUUAUUCUGUUGAAGGUACAAUGGCUAAAUUUCUAAUGUUGGAACCCGACACAAUUCCAUCAAUCAGUAAUACAGAAGCUACCAUUCCGAGACGCUGUCAAAUUGAAGAGAUUUCUUUUGCGGCACACGUUGAUUUUCAGGAAAAUCUGGAGUUCAUUGAGAAGAUCAGCGCCCCAAACAUUAUUCUUGUUCAUGGCGAAUCUAACCCCAUGGGUCGUUUGAAAUCUGCUCUCUUAUCAAAUUUCGCCUCAUUGAAAGGCACUGAAGGGGAAGUGCACGUCUUUAAUCCGAGAAAUUGCGUCGAUGUCAUCUUGGAGUUCAAGGGCGUGAAAAUAGCCAAAGCGGUAGGGAAUAUUGUGGAUGCUAUACGGAAAGAGGAAGAAGUAGGCGUGAAAGAAGAGAAGAAGAACAAUACGGAACAACAUACGGAGAAAGAAGUGGUUGAAGCAGAGGAGAAAGAAUUUCCAAGCGAGGAUGAGAAAGAAAUUAUUGUAUCUGGGAUAUUAGUGUCGGAUGAGAAGAACUUUGACUUGAAUUUAGUUUCAUUGACAGAUUUGAGGGAACAUCACACCGAAUUGACCACAACAGUUUUGAGAGAAAGGCAAACAGUCCAUGUGGACUGUAAAAAAGAACUAAUAUACUGGCACAUCUGCCAAAUGUUUGGGGAUGUAGAAGUCAUCGCUGAUGAGGAUGAUGUCACAAAUAGAAUCAAAAAGGACGACGUUAAAAUGGAAUUCGCUGACGGCGGAAGCGGUAGGCUAGUGCUCAAGAUCAUGAACGACAUAACUUUGACAAUUGUUGAUAACUUGGCCACGUUAGAAUGGAACCAAGGCCUGAUAAGUGACACCGUUGCAGAUUCCAUUGUGGCUAUCCUGAUGAGUGUUGAUUCGUCGCCCGCCAGCGUGCGAAUGAGCAGCAAGGCUUGCGAUCAUCACCACAAUCAUGAGAGCCCGAACAACUUUUUGGAGCAGCAGAAUAGUGUGUGGAAAGUGAAACAAAUAGCGAAACUUUUCAAAGAGCAGUUUGGAGAUACUUUCACUCUCCUACUGCAGAAGAGCGAAGAUCACAAGAAUGGAGAUGGAGAUAUUUACGGUGUGAUUACCAUCGGGAAGAGCACCGCCCGCAUAAAUUUUUCUCAGAUGAAGAUAGAAGAAUGCAAUUCUAAUCCAUUGAAGGGAAGAAUUGAGAGAAUCCUGGAUAUGGGAGCUGAUCUGACAGCACCUUUGUGCUGA